UCAAAAAGUACUUCACAAAAUCGUUUUUAACACGUCUACGAUUUGAUACACGUACUAGUUUCAUCUCAACCAUCCAUCAAAAUGUUGAGAAUUCUAUUAACAACUUUUCUGUUUUACACAGUCGCAGGAAGACAAGGUUUCGGUCCAACCGAUCAAGAAUGGGGUUACUCCAAUGUCAGAACGGGCUCUUAUAUCUUCUGGUGGUUGCAUUAUACCACAGCAGAUGUUUCCAAUCCAACGGAAAGACCUCUGAUCAUUUGGUUACAAGGUGGACCUGGUGCUUCUUCAACUGGAUACGGUAAUUUCGCCGAAUUAGGACCAUUAGAUCUGGAAUUAAAACCAAGAAAUACCACGUGGGUUCAAUGGGCUAACGUUUUAUUCGUUGAUAACCCAGUUGGAUCCGGUUUCAGUUAUAUCGAUGAAAGUGGAUCGUACGCUGAAAAUAAUACACAAAUAGCAAAAGAUUUUCUCGUUUUUUUGAAAGAUUUUUACAAGAAAUUACCACAAUUCGAUGGGGUGCCUUUAUAUAUAUUUUGCGAAUCCUACGGUGGGAAAAUGACACCGGAUAUAGCAGCUUUUAUCUACAGAGCACAACAAAACGGAGAAAUCAAUACUAACCUACGAGGAAUAGGUAUAGGAGAUGGAUGGGUAUCUUCUAUUGAAAUCGUAGAAGCUUACGCCGAUUAUUGUUUGAAUUUAGGUUUAAUCGACGAUGAUGGUUAUAAUGCUAUUCAAGGUAUAGCUGAACAAGUAAAACCUGCUUUAGAUAACGGGGAGUUUGUUAAAGCUUUCAAUUUAUGGGGGGAUGUAACCGCUGAAAUUGAAGAAAAAACUUACAACGUCGAUUUUUAUAACGUUUUAUUAAGACAAGCUGCUACUACUAAAAAAAUGGGGUUGUAUCGUUCGAAUCUUGGAGACGCUCUCGAUGAUAUAAUGAAUGGUCAAGUAGCUGCUGCUCUAAACCUAACAAGCAAAUGGCAAGAUGUUAAUUACAGUGUAUACAAUGCUCUAUUAUACGAUUUUAUGAAACCAGUCACUUCAGUCGUGGAAGAUUUAUUGGACAAUAGCAAUGUAUUUGUUGCUGUUUAUAACGGUCAAUUGGAUUUAAUAAUAAAUACACCCGGUACCGCUAAUUGGAUAAAUAGAUUGAAUUUCGAAGGUAAAUCUUCAUGGGAUCAAUCUAAACGAAUUCCUUUCAAUAUUAAUGGAUACAUGGAAGGAUAUGUUAGGAAAAAUGAUAAAUUCGCUUUCUAUUGGGUGAAUAAUGCUGGACAUAUGGUACCAUCCGAUAAUCCAUCCGCCAUGGAAUACAUUUUAAAAGAUGUUACCAAUAAUUUUAAAGUAUAAUUUUAUUAAAUAAUAUAUGAAAUGACA